AUGAUAUUGAAGCACCCGAAGUCGAUUAUAAUUGCCUGCAACCAGCUCUUAUCGGGUUGUAGGCCUAAUGAAACAUCUAUCUACAUAACACUGUACAUCUUCUUCUCAUUGAUUUCAGCAGUUACAGUAUUUUUGAACCUACUGGUGAUCAUCUCCAUCUCUCACUUCAAGCAGCUCCACACUCCAACCAACCUGCUCAUCCUCUCUCUGGCUGCGUCAGAUCUCCUGGUGGGACUGAUUGUGAUACCAGUAAUGACUGUAGCAAUAAUGGAAUCAUGCUGGGGUUUUGUUGGAUAUUUCUCAAAUAAGUCUGAGAUAAAAGCAGCAAAAACUCUAGCUAUUGUUGUUUUCACCUAUCUCAUUUCUUGGAUUCCAUCUCUAUUUAUUUACUUAAAGAAAAUGUGA